AUUUUGCUGAUGAAUAAUAUCUUCCUUUUCUUCUUCUAAGGAUUAAGUAGGUCAACUGUUCAAUUAUGACGUGUAGCCCAUUUUCACUGCGACGUGGUCGACUGUAGUUCAAUUUAAUUCUUCUCUAUAGUAGGUUCUUUGCUUCUGAUUAUUUUUAUAGUCCCACGUAAUAAUCUUCCUUAGGUAACAAUCGUUAUUUAAUAAUUGACAAGUGUCGAAUAAUUGUUAAUUUUUAUUUUGCUUUAUUUGACGGAUGUCAGUGAUCGUUUUUUUUAGUUGUUAAUAAUUCAUUACAUAUUUCAGUGACUUUAUGUCGAAGGUCCUCCAUGUUAUUGUUAUGUAUACGAUAUGUAUCCAUGAAGAACUGUUUUUUUAUUGGAAAUUUUUUACAUUCUCUUGACAUUCAGUUUUUUUAAUAAUAACCCAUCGCGCUAUUACGUUGUCAAUGAUUUACAUUAAAAAAAAAAGGAGAAGUAAAUAUAUUUCUUGACUUUUAAUAACAUUUAACUUUCUCACAGGUCUGCUCUGCAAUGUUAAUUAAAAAAUUUGAGAUGAUAACAAAUGCUUGAUAUAAAAAGACACUAAUUAUAAAAACAUUUUCUGAUAAUGAGAAGUAAAAAUGUGGCGUGAAAAAAUCAGUAAACACUUUUGACUUGUAAUAAAUUAUUUGUGAAUAAAACGUAAAAGAUUGCCAUUAGAUUGAAUUAGGCAAUAAAUUGAAAUUUGAAUGUUAAAUCAAUAUUGUUUUAACCCCAUAAAUUUUGUAGUUCUAUGAAGUUAUAAAUUACAUGGAUGGGGGUUGCUGUACAUACAAUUACUUUUUUCUCCCACAUUCCUGCGCUGAUAGGAAAAGAAAAUAUACGCGUUUCGCAACAGGCGUCGACACGCUGCGGCGUCGACGUCGGUUCUCACGAUUUGCUUAACUGUUAGUCGAAGACGGUACUUCCAUGAGGAAGGUUGGGUGAAAAGGUGCGACGAAGGAAUUUGCGUGCUAGCACUAGGAAGUUAAGGAAUUUCGAAUAUAAAAGCACGUAAAUUAAUUGACGCCCCGCGGAGUAGGGAUACUUGCCCACUAACCGUGAUUUUCACUUUGAAGUUUCACUUCUAACCUCAAUUUAGUACUGGUCGCACCGCUUCUCUUUCCCCUACACAUUGCUGCUCGUUGACCGGUGAACAAUUACUGAAGAAUUUCCUUAAAGAAAUAGUGGUACGUGUUGCUGAGUAUUUAUUAUUGAAAAGACGUUCAAUAUCGAGGUUAUUUCUACGCUCGUUGAUUGCUGUCGUUUUAGCGAAAGUAUUUAAAUUUCAAUUCAAGUUUGAAGUGAACACUGCUGUGCGGGUUACGUAAAUUGCUAGUGUACUUACUAAUUCUUGAUGAUUUGUUUGCUUGAAAGAAAGUAGUGUAUGCUGGUAUUCCUCAACAUCUGAGCCUGUUGAUUUCUGUUGUAGAAUAAAGAAGCAAAGACAUGGCAUGGCCAAAAGAUAUUGGAAUCAAGGCUCUGGAGAUAUACUUUCCAGCACAGUAUGUCGAUCAAGUUGAUUUGGAGAAGUUCGAUGGGGUGGCUGCUGGAAAGUAUACUGUUGGAUUGGGCCAGUCGAAGAUGGGAUUCUGCAAUGACCGUGAAGACAUCAAUUCACUUUGCUUGACAGUACUGCAGCGAUUGCUGGAUAGGAAUAAUAUAAAACCUGAGGAUGUUGGUAGACUGGAAGUUGGUACAGAAACUAUUCUUGAUAAGAGUAAAUCUGUGAAGACUGUUCUUAUGCAAUUGUUUGAGCCACUGGGUUGUACGGAUAUUGAAGGUGUAGAUUCUACAAAUGCCUGUUAUGGUGGUACUGCAGCAUUGUUUAAUACAAUUGCAUGGGUAGAAAGCAGUUCAUGGGAUGGCCGAUUAGCUAUAGUAGUUGCAGCUGACAAUGCAGUUUAUGCGAGUGGAAAUGCAAGGCCUACUGGAGGCGCAGGUGCAAUUGCUAUGGCUAUAGGACCUAAUGCACCUUUAGUGUUUGAUCAAGGUAUAAGAGCAUCUUGUAUGCGUCAUACCUAUGACUUUUAUAAGCCAGAUUUACGCUCUGAGUAUCCUGUUGUAGAUGGAAAGUUAUCAAUCCAGUGCUACUUUGGCGCUCUAGAUGAGUGUUAUCGUAGGUAUUGCUUGAAAACAGAAAAAAAGCAUCCUGGGGAAACUGUUUCACUCAACACCUUUGAUGCAUUACUUUUCCAUUCACCAUAUGGUAAACUGGUACAAAAGUCAUUCGCUAGAUUAGCCUUUGUAGAUUUUCUUAAUACACCCAAAGAGAAGAUCUCCGAAGAACUCUCUGAUCUAAAGAAGUUCCACGAUGCCAAAUUAGAAGAGACUUACUUCGACAGGGACAUUGAAAAGGCCUUCAUAAACCUAAGUAAAACACAAUUUGCUGAAAAAACACAGCCAAGUCUUUUCGUAUCAAAUCUAGUUGGCAAUAUGUACACACCCUCUGUUUAUUCUGGAUUAGUUUCAUUGUUAAUUAAUAAACCAAUAGAUCAAUUAGCAGGUAACAAAGUGGGUAUUUUCUCGUAUGGCUCCGGAUUUGCAUCGAGUAUGUAUUCCUUGACAAUAACCAAAGACAUUAGCCCAGGUUCAGCUCUUCAAAAAAUGAUAUCCACUCUAUCAUACGUAAAGCCCCAGCUAGAAUCCAGAGAACGUGUCACGCCCGACGAGUAUACGAGAAUUUUAGAAUUGCGUGAAAAAAAUUGUCAUACAGUUCCAUACGAGCCAAGUGCAAAUAUCGAAAAAAUGUUCCCAGGAACGUUUUACUUGCGUAGCAUUGAUUCCUUGUACAGAAGAACUUACGAGCGAGUACCGAAAUUGGAUUAGUCGAGUUUAGAAUUCUCUUUACAUUGUUCUAGUAAUUAUUUUAUAGAAAUUGAAUUGCGUGAAUUUGUUUACAGUUAAUAAUUUUAUCAUUGUUUAAACAGUGGGUUUAAAAUCGAAAUGGCUCGAAUCCAUCGAGCUUUGUACUUUAGCUUGAAUGGCUCUUUGAGACUUUUUAAUUUUGAAAUCUCGAGAGUGGCGUUAAGAAAUAACAGAAAGUAAUCAUGUAAUUGUAUAAUACGUUCUAUCUGUUUAAAAAUUACUUCCACUCUCAGUUACAAAUAUUAGGAAAUUGUAAGCCAUUCUUUAAUCCUGUACUGGUGGGGUUAAUGUAUUUUGAUUUAUUAUAUAUUCAAUAAUUGCUUUUAUAUUUUAUUACCUUUAUUCAAAUCACUCAUAUUGUUAUCGCAAUUCAAUUUACACGGCUUGCACGUUAUAAAUUCGUGAAAAUUCCUACAUGCAAAGUUGAUAUCAAUUAAAAAAUUUCAUCGAUAAAGGAUUAAAGAAGAGCUUAAUAUAUAUUUAUAUUACAUAUAAAAUAUCGUUCAUAUGUAAAUAUGUUAAAUAUAAACUUACAGCUAGUAAAAGCCUUGAAGAUCAUGUAGCAAUAUUCGCGCAGAAAAUUCAAAGUAUUAGCACCGAUAUUCAUUCACACUUACAUUCAGACUUAAAUCAUGCAAAUAUUCGUAUAAAACAGUGAAAACUAAGGAGCGAAUUUUUGAAAUUCAAAUUUUUACAUUGGAGAUUCGAUUCUACCCAAAAUUUUAAUUACCGUAGCACACUUUCCUUCAGUUUUCGUAGAAAAUGAAUUUUAGUUUUACUUACAAAAUGGAGACGCAAAUGAAUUCCAAUAGUCAAAAUGACGUAUUAUGAUGAUACGUAUAAUGAAUACCGAUAGUGGUUAUCGGUAAGCGUAGUAAAGUGUAUACAAAUUAUUUAUUUCCUAUAUAAUACCACUGUCUCGUUAACAAUGGGCAUUCCAUUAAAACUGGCAUUAUCAUGAAUCAUGUUUUUUGCAAGAUAAUGAAAUUGCAUAGGCCUUUUUCGCGAUAAGAUUCAAAACAGAAUUCAUUAAGUUUUUCCCCAAUAUAUGCUUCACGUAAACUCUAUUAAUACAUGGAACAUAAAUUAUAGGUCAACCCAAUAAUUUAUGAAUUCAUAUCAAGAGACUCAGUCGAAUACUGCGUUUGAUUAAUAUACCAAAUGGCAAGAGCAGCUUUUUAUUCUCACACAUAUGUACGUACGCAUUUGAAAGAAGUCAUUUUCUAUUUUUUUUUUUUUUUUUUUUUCCCGUAACAAAUAUAAAUCAAGGUGCACGUCCAACAGAGCGAAUCCCACCUCUUUUCACGACCAAAACAUUCUUAUAACGAACUAAUCGUAAUUGUAGAACGUAAUUUUUUAAAUAUCGUUGUAGGCUAUGAACGUGCCUUACAGGACAAAGAAACGCUGAGAGAAAAACAAAAAGGAAAAGAAAAUGCGUUCCUUGAUACUCGUGAUUUAACUUGACAAGAUAAUUUUUGUUUAAUUAUUCACGUUGUUAAACAUGAUCGUUUUCAAAUAUUGAAAGAUUAAAGACAAACAAAUUUCACUGUCAAAAUAAAUGAAACGUGGAUCAACAUAAUUUUUAUUUAACGUUUGCGUCGUAUAUUUGAAAAAGAACAAGAAAAUUAUAAUUACACAACUGACAGUUAUCCUUGACAAUCAAUUGAAUCGCUCAGGAGUUAGUUUAUUUUGUUAAAUUUAAAGAAGGAUUAAAAUUUAUUAAGAAUUUUUUAAUAAAGGCUCUCUAUUAUCCAGAGAUGUUAAGGAUUCUGGCUUUUUCUAUUCUUUAACCGGUCAUUAUGUAACAUAACCUCGCGCCUGUGUAUCCAGCCAAGCAAAAUUUAUUAGGGUUAUAAUUUAUAAAAUUAAUCUAUUUUAUCCUUGUAUCGUCUGUUAUUUGUUACUUUGUGUAUUAAAUACACAAAGCGGUGUAUGCGUGUCGCUUUGAGAUGCUAUUCAGAGAAUGUUUCAUACGCAGAAUUAUAAAAUUUACUGUCACGCAAUCAAUCAUUACUUUGUCACGACGUGCUAUCGUGAACUGAAAAUGUUAUCGAUCGUAGACGUCGGUUAUUCUUGUAUUCAAAAUUUGUAUUCUACUACGAAAGCAUUGGGUGGAGGUUCUACGAUAGAUUUAUUAUUGCGUUGAUUUCGAGAAGAAACGAGAGGAGCAUAUUUGAAAAAGAUUAAUAAAUAAAAAGUGCGCAAUGUUGUAAAAA